AUCCCACUUGAGGAAAAGUAGACACAUACUUAGUAUCGCUUCAAAAUGAAAUUGUUUAUGUUUUUAACAUUUUUAGUUGCUUUUACCACUGCUGAAUGGACACUUAUAUCUCAUGAUGAAUGGCUAAAGGCUUGGGAAAAUUGUAAUAACCAAUUCAGUUUACCAUUUGAUUUGAGACCCAAAACCUUACAAGAUAAAUAUCCACCUAAGAUAGUAUUUGAAAAUGUUUUGUGUUAUUUCAAAGGUUUGGAAAUUUGGAACGAUAAAGAUGGAUUUUUAGUCGAUCGAAUUAUGAUUGGACUUGAAAAUGUUGCAAAAAAGAUUGAAAAUUACAAUGCAAAAUUGUUACGUGAAGGACUAAAGAGCUGCACCGAUCAAAAUAGCGAAAAAUGUUCAACUUUGGAUGCAGCUUAUAGUUGUUUUAAGUGUUUCAUUGAUAAUAAAUAUUUGUAUGAAUCUAUGGGGAAGGCAGAUUUUUAUAAGAAUGAUGAAUAAAUUG